GGAAUCUACGUUUCUGUGACUGUUGCUCAACUCUAGCUCUAGCUCCAGGCGUCUGUCUUGUGUUCACAAAUUAAUUAUUUUGUAGCAUGUUUUUUACAAUUUCUUUUCAAUUUUCAUCUAUUACUGGAAAAUUUCAUCAGACUGUUUAUUUUUGUUUUUAAUCUUCAAUUCAAUCUCAGUAUCAUGUCGGACCCUAGAAUUAAAACUAUCAAAAUUAAAACAGGUGUAGUGAAAAGGUUAACUAAAGAUAAGGUUAUGUACGAAAAAGAAGCUGAACAACAGGAGGCAAAAAUUGAGAAAUUGAAAAGUAAAGGUGAAGACGAGUUCAACAUAAGGAAACAAGAGGAAGUUCUGCAGGAAACCCUUAUGAUGGUACCAAGCAGCCAACGACGACUACAGAAAGCCUUCGAAGAGCUGAGCAAUAUUGUUGAAAGUGAGAAAGAUCUAGCCGAGGAUCCGGAAUACUUAGCAGCCGUGGAGGUGCUUGAGGGUGCUAAACCACACAUACCAGCCUAGACGCAGAUCACCCGACAAGAAACACUUCUACCCUUUAUAUCCAAAUUCCAACGUGAAACAAUUAUUUAGUGUCUUAGAAAAAUCUCUAUCACACACUUUAUAUCCAAAUUCCAACGUGAAAAAUUAUUUAGUGUCUUAGAUAUAAUUCUAACACUCGUUAUAUCCAAAUUCCAUCGUGAAACAGUUAUUUAGUGUCUUAUACUUUGUGAUAACAUUUAUCAGCAUCGAGAGGAUAAACUAGUGUCUCGAAAGAGAAAUUAUUUCCAAGAUAUUCUUCUAGAAUAGCUAACUCAGGUCUAUUGUCACUCCAAAUCACUGAACAAAAAUUACGGCUUGAUAUCCAAAUUCCAACUUAGAACAGUUAUUUAGUGUAUUAUACUUUGUGAAACGUUUAGCAGCAUCGAGAGGAUAAACUAGUGUCUCGAAAGAUAAAUUAUUUCCUUUCAGAAUUGCCAACCCAACACUAUUGUUACUCCAAAUCACAAAACAAAAAUUAUGGCUAGAUAUCUCUAGAAAACAUUGUCACUUGAAACAACAAGUGAGAUUCAAAACAAAAAUCUUACUUAGAAAUCACCAACUGGAUAUCGUCACUUGAAAUCACUAUAGAAAAAAAUAAAAACUAGUAACUAUAGAAAAAAAAACUAGUAAUAAUUAUUCCUACAAAUCUCAGCUAAUUCACUUGUUUGUCCUUAUUCUUUAUUAAACGGUUCUAACUCAUUUUAUUGUAUAAUAUUUGUUCAUAAUUAACACUUAUCUAAUAAUAACGUCAAAGCUUUUAGUUCCCUUCGAUAUAGUUCGACGUUUUUCUGGAACACCUUAUUAUUCUGUAUUCUUGUGAGAGAAUAUUAGGUCUUAUUUAGGUCGUAUUUGAAUAUCUUAGGUCUUCACGGAGAUUUGAAGUUAAGAGAUUUGGAGAUUAGGUAGGUCUUCGUAUUCAGAUCAUAUUUGAAUAUCUCAGGUCUUCAAGAAGAUACAUGCUACACAGCUCCAUUUUGGUAGACAUUAUUGUGUCAAGAGUGAUAUAAGUGCAAACAGUUAUAAUAGAAUAUUUUAUUUGUCCAAGGACAAUUAGGCCUACAUGAUUGCAUAAGAUAUUGCCGUCCACAUCUUUCGGAAUUUUCGUAUUUUAUAUUUUUGUAUUUGAUCCCAAUGAAGAUGAGUAACUACCGUGAAAAUACAUCCAAUGAGGGAUACUUUAACAUUCCACCCCCUCCCCUUCCUCCGAUGAAUAUGCCACCAUAUGGAAUGGCACCAUUUAACGGAGGCUUAGCUAAUUAUCCAACUCCCAAUCAAUUACCAUUUAACGAUGGGCUAGCACAAUUACAUGCUAAUUUUCCAUAUUUCCCAAGCCAAGAUUCGCAGCCCAUGAUGGGUCAGCAUGGUUUCCUUUCAUCUCUUCCUCCCCCCACUUUUCACCCUUCUCCUUCUUCCUCUUUCUCUCGCCCUCCUAUCGUUCAACCUACCGAGGAUGAAGAGAAAGAAAAGGACAGAACAUGGAUAAAGAACUGGUUGAGAAAUAUCGGAAAAGAGAAUAAGAUGUCUGCUGAGAAGCCUGUUGCUUCUGACAAUAUCAAGAUUUCUGAAAUUAAAUACAAGGUGAUGAAAAUUAAGAAACUAACCAGUGAGUUGGAAAGCAUGUCGAAGUCGCUUGCAGUUAUGAUGAAAACAUUGAAUGAAGAGGAGUGGAAGGAACGUGUUGAGGAAAUUGAAGAUAAAAAGCGUGACUUGACAGAUCUUCUGGGCGAACUCAAUAACAAAAGGGAAAUCGUGAAGAGACAACUUGAUAAACGUAUUCGAAAACGGAACCGGGAAAGGAAGAAACGAGUGGAAAGAAGAAUGGUGAAGGAGGAGAGGAGAGUGGGCAGCGAACGAGAGAAUGAGAGAAUCGAUGUGUGGAUGAGAGAGAUGGAGGAAUCUGUAGAGAGAGCGAGACGCGAAGCCGAGAUGAAAAGAGAGGCUGAUAGUGUACUGAGUGAUGUGACCAGAAAGAAGAACGAAGCUAAGAGACAACUAGCGCUGUUUGAAGGAUUGCGGAAAUUGCACAAAGCUCGAGUAGUGGCUUGGAAUGCCAUGGGUCUCAUAAUUUCCUCAGCUCAACUGGAUACAUUCUCUAAUGUCGUUGAUCGAUUGGCCGCUAUGUGGAGUGACCGCCUGAACGAAUAUAACCUUGAGGAGCGUGGCUUGAAGGUCAUGCUGCAAGAGGCCAGUGAUGAUGUCACCGCCAUGUCCACCAACCGCCAAAAGCAAAUACUGCGCCAGUGGGAGAGCGCUCUCUUCGGCAGUGCUGCCAACUGCCACCAGCCCAAAGAUGUGCACGAGUUUACAGCUGUUAGAAAACACUGGGAUGAAUUUGUGGUUCCUGAAGAGAGUUUUACAUCUUCUUCGAUUCCAGCUGGUUGGAUAAUACCUUGUCAACCUAGCAGUGAAAAUUGGAGAAAAUUCUUACAUGACAAAAUACACUAAUAAGUAUUUUUGAUUUUUAUAAAAAUUGUAAUAAUUCGUGAAUAAUAUUGGUAAAAAAUUAUAAAUACAUUAAACUUUCUCUACGGUCUCCGCUUCUUGGAUUGAUUCAAUUAUUAAACUUACUACUGUAGGCCUACUUAAAUUCUAAUAAUUAUUUUUAUACAAAAAUCCAAUCCGGAUUUUCGUUUAAAAAUUAUGAUUAUAUUAGCAUUUGAAUCAAUGCGAUAUCCCAGUAAAUUUCUUCUGUAGGCCUACUGAAACUACAAUUUAUUCUACUUUAUUUCCCAUGAAUGUAUUAUUUGUUAUCACAUAGUUUUAUAAUCAACCUAGUUUAUGUAAGAAAUAUUGUUAGAUGAAUAAACCAUAUUUACUCGCA